ACUUUUGUAUAUGUUCUGCGUAAAAUUAAAACUUUCUAUUAACGGUAAUGAGAACACUCUUAAAGUUCCUGGAUGACCUCCUUUUUACUACUUUUUACUUACUUUUGCAAAUUCAAACUCUACUGACAAUCCCAACUUUACUUAGGGGUUUCUUCUUGCCAAGAAUUAUAACCGCUCUCUCUUUCUAUUUAUCAGUUUCUUCGUCUUUAUCCAUUACUUCUUCUCUUCUUCUUUCUCUUCCUCUUAUUUUCGGUGGCCCUCAGCACGAGAGUUCUGAUGCGCGUUUUAAAUUUUCGUGGAGGAUGCAUUUGGUAGCCAGUAGUCAUCUAGCUUAGAGGUGACUCCUCUUUAUUAUUCUGCUGCUUUUUCCAAAUUAUCACUCAUCAUCUUCAGAUUUAUAAAUUUUAUAUAGGCAUAAAAAUAUGGAUGACAAUGAAGAAAUGGGUACGAAAGUGGAGCUUUACGUGUAUGAUUUGACCAAAGGAGCUGCUACGAUAAUGUCUCAACUUCUUAUAGGUCGACAUUUGGACGGCAUUUGGCAUACAGCGAUCGUCGCCUACGGACGUGAAUAUUUCUUCGGGCCAUCUGGAAUACAAAGUAUUCGACCAGGAGGAACUGUUCUUGGUGAACCUCAACGAGUGGAAAAACUAGGCGAUACAUUUCUACCUUAUUCGGUAUUUCUGGAGUACAUUAACGGAUUGGGAACAUCAAAAUUCGCGGCCGGCACAUAUCAUCUUCUCAGACUCAACUGUAACAAUUUCUCUGACGAGGUGAGCAACUUCCUGGUGGGCAGCGGUAUUCCAAAAUACAUUCUCGACUUACCUGAAGAAAUAAUCAAGACGCCCAUAGGACAGGCACUAGCACCACUGAUAGAAACCCUCGCAAACAGUGCGAGCGCCGGAUUCACAGUCAGGCACAGAUUCGUCGAGCCAAGGAUUCAACGUGAGGUCUCACCAGAGUAUCAGCUUCUUAACACUGCGAUCGAGGAAGCACGGCUCAAUUCAAUAGCUUUGGAGGAGAGGCGAAACGUGCUGAACGAGAAGCUUGCUAAGAAGGAGCGGAAAAAGAAAAAGAAGAAGAAGGAGAAACACGAUAAAUCCAAAGGAAGUGGUAGUGAGAGUAACAGUACAGGACCUAGUAAUUAUUCUACAAUGGCAGAUAGUGAAGUAGCGGAAAUGCAACCAACAAAUGGCGACAUGGGCGCAGAAAUGUUGCCCUCUGAUCGAGUUCUUCAGAUGGAAGCUGAUGAAAGACGCGAACUUGAGGAAAGAAAACGUCAGAGAGAUCCUCCAAUUGUAUUCAAGGAAUUGACAGAUCUUGCAGCUGAAUUCGAUGAUCUUUGUCGCUUACUCGAGGGAAAGCUCAAUGAAACCGAGACAACAAAUCUUGAUGAGUUGCGCCAGUAUGCAUUAGAGAAUGAAGGAUCUUGGGCAUUGGGUGAUAACUUUUUAAAUUUCAUCGGGCGAAUUUUGUACGACAAAUCUUUGGACACUGCAGCGAAAGUGAAGCUACUGAAUAUCCUUGCAAUCGCUGCGUUAAAAGAUGACGUGAUUUUGUUAUUACAUCAAGAUAGAAGGGAACAUACGAUAAUGAAUUAUGCUUUUGACAUUGACCGUCAUCCAAUUGAAGAGCAACUUCCGUUAGCACAAUUUAUCACUAACAUGUUUGAAAAUUUAAGUAGCUCAGAGUGGUUACUGUACAUCUCAGAAUGGCAGUACAACAAUCAAGGUAUCAGUAAUAUCAGAGUGACGACAAAGGUAGCAGUACACUCACUAUUAUCAGAGUCGGUAGAUCUUCAAGCCUGUGGCGCGGCGAUUAUUCACAACCUUGCUUGCAAGGAGAAAAUGAACAAAAACAAAAAGCUACGGCAACUUUUACCGAAAGGCAGCAGUUCUAAGGUAUUUGAUGAUGUUGCUGUAGAAUUGACAAUGGCAUUACUCCAGUACUUCAACGGCAACCCAUCGGAGGAACACUUGUUUGCUUGCAUGAAAGCCUUAGCACGCUUUACUCAAAUCAGCGGUCAUGAAGUACCUCAGCUCAUUCAAAUGAUUGGCCCAGAGCCGAAUAAAUUUCGCGGAACAUCACGAAGGAUCGACGAAAUGAUCGACGAAGUCAAUAAGAAGCUGCGUUAAUUUUAUUUAUUCGCCUUAAAUAAUUGCGUGAGAUAUUUUUUUUCGAAGUAUUUCCGUUAUAAUAAUAAUUAUUAUUAUCACCGAUUAUUGAUAUCAAAACUCUGAUAAUAAUUUUUAUUUGUUGUCUUACAUUUUUUUAUACUUAAUAUUGAUCUUUUUAGAUAAUUCAAUUGAAUAAUAUUUUUAUUUGGGUUUAUUCAGAAGUGCAAUCUGCUGUCGGAAAUUUUAAUUGCAGAAUAUAGAAAAAAAUGCAUUUGAUAUCUAAUUAGGUUUACUUAAAUAAAUUAAUACUAAUUUUAAUAAAGCUGAUUGAAAAAAAAAAUCAGUAAUGACAAAUUAUGUAUACUAAUGACUACUAUUAAAUUGUUUAUAAAAGUA